ACACACCGAGCGCUGGAGGCUCCGCCGCGCCGCCUGCCAACCCGGGAUCUACCUCCGUGAUUUUCUAGCCCCGUUUUUUUUUUUUUUUUUCCCUCUCCAUCACCCGUUUUCCUCAAUCUUGGAUAAUUCUUGGGGUGCUGGGGGAUUUUGGGAUUUUUUUCUAAGAGGGGGGUGUCUGGGCAUCUCCCCAUCUUCCCCCCCCCGCGCCCGCUCCCUUGCUCCACCUGCCCUUGCGCCUUUUUUUUUUCUUUCCCCCCUGUCUCUCCACCAAACCCGGGCUGAUGUGCUGUUCGAGAGGCUGGAAAUGGAAGUGUUGAUGCUCUGGCUUUUCCCCUGGAUAUUUCAGUGCGUUUCGGUGCGGGCGGACUCCAUCAUCCACAUUGGUGCCAUUUUCGAAGGCAAUGCUGCCAAGGACGACGAAGUGUUCAAGCAGGCGGUGUCGGAUCUGAACCUCAAUGACGACAUCCUCCAGAGCGAGAAAAUCACUUACUCCAUCAAGCUCAUAGAGGCCAACAACCCCUUCCAUGCGGUGCAGGAAGCCUGCGACCUGAUGACCCUGGGGAUCUUGGCGCUGGUGACGUCGACGGGCUGCGCGUCGGCCAACGCGCUGCAGUCGCUGACGGACGCCAUGCACAUCCCGCACCUGUUCGUGCAGCGCAGCACGGGCGGCUCCCCGCGCACAGCCUGCCAGCUCAACCCCAGCCUGGAGGACGAGGAGUACACGCUGGCUGCGCGCCCGCCCGUGCGCCUCAACGACGUCAUGCUCAAGCUGGUCACCGAGCUGCGCUGGCAGAAGUUCAUCGUCUUCUACGACAGCGACUACGAUAUACGUGGACUGCAGGGAUUUCUUGACCAGGCCUCCAGGCUGGGACUUGAUGUAUCAUUACAAAAAGUGGACAGGAACAUCAGCAGAGUGUUUUCCAACCUUUUCACCACCAUGAAAACGGAGGAGCUGAACCGCUACCGGGACACCUUGCGGAGGGCCAUCCUCCUCCUGAGCCCAAGGGGAGCCCAGACUUUCAUUAAUGAGGCUGUGGAAACCAACCUUGCAUCAAAGGAUAGUCACUGGGUCUAUGUAAAUGAGGAAAUCACUGAUAAUGAAAUAUUAGAGUUGGUGCACAGUGCUCUGGGGAGGAUGACAGUGAUCCGGCAGAUUUUCCCUCUGGCAAGGGACAACAACCAGAGGUGCAUGAGGAACAACCACCGAAUAUCCUCGCUGCUGUGUGAUCCACAGGAAGGCUACCUUCAGAUGCUGCAGGUUUCCAACCUGUACCUGUAUGACAGUGUGCUCAUGCUGGCCAAUGCUUUCCACAGAAAACUGGAGGACAGGAAAUGGCACAGCAUGGCAAGUCUGAACUGCAUGAGGAAAUCCACCAAACCUUGGAAUGGAGGAAGAUCCAUGCUAGAGACUAUUAAGAAGGGCCAUAUAACUGGGCUGACUGGUGUUAUGGAGUUCAGAGAAGAUGGAGCCAACCCCUAUGUCCAAUUUGAGAUACUGGGCACCAGCUACAGCGAAACAUUCGGCAAAGACGUGCGGAGGCUGGCGACGUGGGACUCUGAGAAAGGCCUGAACGGCAGCCUCCAAGAGCGGCGUCUGGGCAAUGACCUACAGGGAGUGACACUCAAAGUGGUGACUGUCUUGGAAGAACCUUUUGUGAUGGUGGCAGAGAACAUCCUUGGGCAGCCAAAACGAUAUAAAGGAUUUUCCAUCGAUGUCCUGGAUGCGCUGGCCAAGAAUCUGGGCUUCAAGUAUGAGAUAUAUCAAGCUCCUGAUGGCAAGUAUGGACACCAGCUCCAAAACAGCUCCUGGAAUGGCAUGAUUGGAGAGCUCAUUAACAAGAGAGCAGACUUGGCCAUCUCAGCCAUCACCAUAACGCCUGAGCGGGAGAGCGUGGUGGACUUCAGCAAGCGCUACAUGGACUAUUCCGUAGGCAUCUUAAUCAAGAAGCCCGAGGAGAAGAUCAACAUUUUCUCCCUCUUCGCUCCUUUUGACUUUGCGGUGUGGGCCUGCAUUGCGGCGGCCAUCCCCAUUGUGGGCGUGCUGAUCUUCGUGCUGAACCGCAUCCAGGCAGUGCGGGCGCAGGGCACGGCGCAGCCCAGCCCCUCCGUGUCCUCCACCCUGCACAGCGCCAUCUGGGUCGUGUACGGAGCCUUCGUGCAGCAAGGGGGUGAAUCCACUGUCAAUUCUGUGGCGAUGCGCAUUGUCAUGGGAAGCUGGUGGCUCUUCACCCUUAUUGUGUGCUCUUCCUACACAGCGAAUUUAGCAGCAUUUCUCACAGUAUCAAGGAUGGAUAAUCCCAUACGAACGUUUCAGGAUCUGUCCAAACAAAUGGAUAUAUCUUAUGGCACAGUCAGGGACUCAGCAGUGUAUGAAUACUUUAAAGCAAAAGGGACCAACCCUUUGGAGCAGGAUAACACAUUUGCUGAACUGUGGAGGACUAUCAGUAAGAAUAAUGGGGCAGAUAAUUGUGUAUCAAACCCUUCUGAAGGCAUCAGGAAGGCAAAAAAGGGAAAUUAUGCUUUCCUGUGGGAUGUGACAGUGGUGGAAUAUGCUGCGCUGACAGAUGACGAAUGCUCUGUGACAGUCAUUGGAAACAGCAUCAGCAGCAAAGGAUAUGGGAUAGCACUCCAGCACGGAAGUCCCUACAGAGAUCUUUUCUCCCAGAGGAUCCUAGAGUUGCAAGAAAGUGGAGAUUUGGAUGUUCUUAAGCAGAAGUGGUGGCCACGGAUGGGACGCUGUGACCUGAAUAGCCAUACCAAUGCACAGACAGAUGGGAAGGCACUCAAGCUGCACAGUUUUGCAGGAGUUUUCUGCAUUUUAGCAAUAGGCCUUCUUCUUGCUUGCUUGGUGGCAGCAUUGGAGUUGUGGUGGAACAGCAACCGUUGUCAUCAAGAAACACCGAAAGAGAUACAGCAUGGGCAGCAGCAGUGCAAACUUCCCCUCAUUGCCCCACCAAUGUGCCUCAGCCCUGACCUGGAGAGACCACCUUUAGGGGACAAAGAAGUGAAUCUGGAGCAGGUGCACAGACGCAUGAACAGUUUAAUUGAUGAAGACAUAGCCCACAAGCAGAUCUCCCCAGCGUCCAUCGAGAUCUCAGCGCUGGAGAUCGGGGGCAUGCAGCCAGCCCAGACCCUGGAGCCGGUGCGCGAGUACCAGAACACGCAACUUUCUGUCAGCACCUUUUUACCAGAACAGACAACUCAUGGUGCCAGCAGGACACUGACAGCUGCCUCGGGCAGCAACCUGCCGCUGCCCCUGAGCAGCUCAGCCACCAUGCCCUCCAUACAGUGCAAACACAGGUCACCCAACGGAGGACUAUUCCGGCAGAGCCCUGUGAAAACCCCGAUCCCAAUGUCAUUCCAGUCCGUGCCGGGGGGAGUCAUUCCAGAAGCGAUGGAGCCCUCACACGGAACAUCCAUAUGA